UCGGAUUUUGUGCCGCCUUACGAAGUCGUUCCAAAUAUGCGCCCCAUUGCAUUUAUCGGACCCUCAUUAAAGGGAUACGAAGUGACAGACAUGAUGCAAAAAGCGAUAUUUGAUGCUCUGAAAAAGCAUUUCGAGUCUCGCUCACAAUUAAUCUUUCUUCCUAGCCUCUUGAUAACCCGAAUUAGUGCUGACAUCUCGUUGGCAAAAAGAGUAGGCGCUCUACAGAACUUAGAUAAAAAGAGCCAAUCUGAGAGAGCGAGAAGCAGGCAAAUAUCUACAUUGCGCCAUAAAGCUGUAUGA